AUGUCCAUGUUCAGCUCGAACCAAGUCAGGCGGUCACAGCUUUCGACGCUUCUCAAGGUAGAGGACACUGGUGAGAUGGUUCGUUCGGGAUCCUCUGAAAGUGCAGAUCUUAGGGAGGAGAGCGGAGAGAUGAAGUCCAAGGGAUAUGACUGGUUGACGGAUGAGUUCCCACUGCCAGCCAUAUCAGAAGAGAGUGCAAGUUACGAACGCAGUCGCAGCGCAUCACCAGUCAAGGGCACUCCAAGCAUUACGGAAUCAAUAAUUGAUCUAAGUUCCACAUCCACUGACGGUCGUAGCGAAAGUGAUCAGGGUGAUGAUGAGGAAUCCACGCUCCUCUUCAGUGGGAAAACAUCUAAGAUGUCAAAGCAUUCUUCUCGCCGGUCUUCAGCAUGUCGCAGUGCACCUUCUCGAAGAAGUGCUAUGGCGGAUGAUGAUUUGGAUUUCCAAAGACCAGCAUCCGCGAGGAGGUUAUCAUCUGGACGAAGGUCAAGGAGAGGAUCGGCUAGAAGGGGUUCUUCAAAAAGUGGAACCUCAAACAUUGGAUCUUCAAAGAAAGACUACGGCAAACAUGGAACUUCGGAUAAGGAAGAGGCAUCUUCAAGAUCAAGCAGUAGUGAUGAAUCAGACCAAGGUCACACAAAGUCCCCGAAACCACCCAUCCCGGCUACUCGAACCAUUUCGACAGAAGGAUCAGAAACCGACAAAACUGAUUUAACCUAUGCUACCGAUACUACGAAGAAAACAAAAUCAAAAGAAAUGGCGACAGGUAAGGAUGUGCAUACUCCAGAUCAGGAUGGGCAUAAAACAGAUCAAGAUGAGGGUAGGCCUAAACAUCGUGGAACCAUCGCUGAUCUCAAUAAAUAUCGCAAAAACUCCGAUUCAUCAAGAUCAUCAAGCAGAGACUCGAGCUCAUCUUCCGUCGGACACGCUUCCGCUUCGUCGGGAUCAAUGAUCUCUCUUUCAAAGCGUCGAAUAUUGGCAACAGCCACAGGUAUAGUUCCACGUGCACCGGCAAUGCCUAAGCAUCCAGGGGCCCGUCGACCACGGUCUCAAGCUGUUGAAUUCCGUCUCGGAGACUUCUCUGUCUUCAUCGACAAAGAGGAAAACGAUUCUACUAAAAAGAAAAGUUCUAAAAGCGGGUCAGAUAAAAAUAUCAAGCUAGAAGCUGAUCUUGUUGCUCUUAAGGUUAUACAGAAAGAACGAGAGAAGAAGAAGAAGAGAGAACUAUUAAAGCAGCAGCAGAACGCUCUGAAGAGAAAAAGAGCAAGACAAAAGCAAGCACAUUCAAGUGAUAGUACAGUUCCUGAUCGAGGAACCUUACAAGGUGGUGAUGAUGACCUAUUCAGCAAUCUUAAAAACAUAGCAAUGAGAAGACGUCGAAGGGUGGCUCCGCUUUCUAACAUUAAUAAAACAGCUCUAAAAAAACUGGAGCGGCUGCACUCUAUUUCCCUAGGUGAAAAAGAAGGGCACGAGAAAAUCAACGAUGGGAUGAUGACCAAUCGACAAGGGAAGCGGGUUGCGUACUCUCUUCUCCCAUUUGAAGACAAACUCUCUGAAGAUGACAGAAGGUUGAUGCUUGUCUGCAAUCUUCCAGAGGCGCUUGAGGUAAUGGAAGAAGGGAUGAUGGAUUCACUGGUUCCGAGACGUACACAAAUGCUUCCUGCUAUAAAAAGUCCACGACCUUAUGCUCUAAGUAUCACCAAACCACUCUUGUCUGGAUACAAUCUGGGCGAAGCUGACUUCCGCUCCAAGAAUAGGUUGCUAGUGAGUGCUGUCUUGUCCGACAAGUUUGCGGGUAGGCCUUGGAUGAAAUUUCUGGUGCGGUACGGCUACUCCAAUGAGCAACGGUAUCUGAGAUUCUGGCACGCUGCACAGGAGUAUCUGGAUGCUGCUCACCCGAUCGCUGAGAUGCGACAAAAUCUAAUGAGACAGAAACUGGCCGGUGAACUCAUCACUAAUUUUCUCCAACCUGCAGAUGAUCGCAAAGUACGGAUCGGUCGUCUGCUCACCGCAGAGCUCAGGAUCCAACUUGGGGUUGGCAACGGUGACGAGCUGCUUCUACACGCACAGGAUCUCGCCUGCGAGGCUCUGCGGGAGAUCUGGGCAGACUUCCAGAAGCACGACGUGGACAGCUUCAUCAGUAGGACGAGCGAGAGGAAGAAUGCUCAGCAGCGUGCCUAUCCACUCUACACCAGCCCGACCCUAAACUUGAUGAACAACCGCAUGGUAAAAACAACCCCUUCGGACCUCUCCGGGAAAGCUGCCCCUAAGACGCUCUCCCAGGUACUCGCCGAUGCACGCAAGACGAGCUCGAAAAAGAGUGUCGAAUGUGCCACAUUAUCGGCAAAGGCGCAGGAGUGCGGCGACCAGACAAACUCGGUAGCGCCGUACAGAAUGAUACGAGCUGUAAAGAUCUCUUCGGGGUUGCCUUUAGCAGGCUUGCCAGAUGCCGAGGUCAGUGACCCAAGUGACCCAGAUGAAGAAUCUGACGAUGAAGGGAGUCUGCGCAGAAAGAACAUGAUCGUCCUGAGAAAACGUAAAAUCAAGAGUCCACCACCGCGGGGAAAAAACAGGCCAGGCGGUAAAGACACCCAGCAGCAGACCGAAGCACACGCUCGUGCUAUGAUGGGAAGUAGCCAGGGUUACAAAUCACAAAGCACAUUCGAUCAAGAGACGACCAAGGGCGGUGUCUGUCGAGCCAUUAGGAAAGGAGGCAAAACUAUCUUCCGACCGUCAAGACCGCGGAGCUUCAUGGAGGUGCUACACGAUCAGAGCCACUUUGAGUUUUUCCGUCGCUACCUCCAGGUGGAGAUGGAUAACGAGCUUCCGCUCGCCUUCUGGCAUUCGGUGGAGCAGCUCCGCACGGGGACCUGCCGGGAUCCUAAGGUCCGGCAGGCAAAGUCUCAGGCCAUCAUCAAGAAAUACUUCAAUAAAUCCACGAACUAUGGUGCCGAUCUGGCCACGGAGGCCGACAUCAUCGCUGAUCUUCCCAAUAUGGAGAAGGUCACGCCCCAGAUGUUGAUGUCUGCGCAGACCUGUGUCGCAAAGAGCAUGGAAGAGAAAUGGUAUGCCGACUACAAGAAAUCAUAUCCCGAUGAGUCGACUGACGAUGCCAGUGAGGCCCCCGUACAGGCACAGUUUGGACAAGAAGGCAGAACGAAAUACCUGUGGAACAUGUUUAUAUCGAACGUGUGUCAAUUCAGACGAGGCUUAAUGACACCCUGGCUUUUAUCCCUCUUCAAGGAAUACCUUGGUAAAGAGGUCCUUCGAGAAAUGGAAAAACGUAGAGCGACUGGGAUAAUCACCAAGAGGAUUAUCGGCGGGAGGGCCGUCUGUGUCGACAGACUCCAGAAUGAUCUUUGUUUCUGGGCUGAAGUCGAAAGAUACAAGCAACUAGCCGACAACGCUGCCCGUGCCGCUGCAGCCGGCACAUACACGAUCGAGGAUGAGGAAUAUGUACAGCAUAAGGCAAACACAAUCAUUGAUGUCUUUCUCGCUUCAUUCGUCCCGCCGAAGGUGCAGAUUAAUAUUCCUCAAGAUACCGCAGAGGACAUCAUAGAUAACAGUCAACAUGGAAUCGUUGAACGCGGUUUGUUUCAUGAUGCAGCUCUUCAUAUCUUCACUGUUCUCCUCCACUGCUGGAAAAAAUUUACACGAGAGAGAUUAGCCUACAAGCCGUCGCCCAUGAUCGAGGAAACCACUAUCCCAGCUCCUCGGCCUCAACCCAAGAUCAUCAAGCAUCUCGUCCCUGGAGAAUUCGGCCCUCCCAGUGGGCCCCCUCCACUCAAGAAGAAGCCUAAAAUAAAGAGGAAAACCUCCACGCCCAACGUUUGUGGGGUCAAGAUCAAGACAAUCAUUGGAACUUCCGCUGAUGACCCUCCACGGAUGUCUUUCACCAUCCAAAACGGCGUCCAGCUCAUCCUCCCUCCUAAACCCCAACCCGAGCACGAAUCGAAGGAACUCUAUCGCAACCUCAUGCAAUCCCUCAUCGAUUCUGGACAUGAGGAGAGCCUGAUUCAGCUCUUUCAGCAGCCCGCAGCUCUCGGGUUAGGGCCGGCGCAACAGCGGAGGCUCAGCCGCACACUCGCCAUUCAGCUACCAGCUCUACUCAAACAAAACGCCCAUUGACAUUCGGUUUUUAGAUUCAUGCUAUCUACAGAUGAAAGGACAUUUUCUUAUUUCUUUAGAACGGUAGUGUUUUUACACAUGACAGAACAAAAACACACCACCCAACAAAGGGAACUGGUGCGGAUAUGGAACCGCGGUCAUGA